GACGACUGCUUGAUUCUUCUCCCCUUUACUGUUUCUCUGUCUGCAAAAAUUCCUUAUUAGCUUCAAAUCAUGGCUGAGACCCAAGAUGCGGACGGGUCAGCAAAGAAGACGACAAGGAGUGCAUCCAAUAAACUCAGGAAUUCGAUGUCAAAGAGAGGUAGGAGGAGCAGUAAAGCAAUGUCUAUUGAAAUUGAUGAUGAGCGUAGUCCGGAGGAGGUGGAGUCUGUUGAUGCCUUUCGCCAGGCACUUUUAUCGGAGGACAAGCUACCUGCAAGACAUGACGAUUAUCAUACGAUGCUCAGGAUGAUUAAUGGGUUUGCAUGUGAAUCCAAUUGUAGAAUGUAAGUUCAAGAAGGAUUUGAGAAGCAAUGCACAGUCUGAUUUAUGUGGCCAUUUAUCCGCA